GGCAGGGCCGAGGAGCCGCCCGCCAGCGGCCGGCGCCGUGCGGGGCAGCUGGGGACAUCCGAGUCCGACACCGCUCGUCCCAGCGGCGUGGGUGGGAAUUGCUGGCCUUCAGAAUUACGGGAAAAAGCGUUACUUGUGCUCAGCCGGGCGACUUCCUAUUUUGUCCGUCUCUUCGCCAUCGCGGGGAGGCAGAGGCCCCUGUUAAACCAAACGCCCGUUCUGCAGCUGAGGUCCAGUCUGAGGUUGAGAGACAAGACUGGAGAAGGUGAGCUAAUGCUCUGAAGCAGUAGAGAGAAUCUUCCUUCUGAUUUUAUGACAGCAUUUUCUGCCUAUACUUACUGAGAAGGAAAUGUUCAACAGUUUGAUUUGGAUGUUUGUCCUGCUCUGCAGCUCUGUAGCAGAUGAAAACUCUAUCACAGAUGCUGACAUUUUUCCUUCAUCUCCUAAAAUUGAAAGAGGAUCCCCCCUGAAACUAUUCUGUGUUCUUAGAAAGAGCUACCUGCCUCAGAGAAAUGCAAGCCACAUCAUCUGGAAACUGAAUGAUGAAUUAAUUGCUUCAGAAAACUGUAACAUUGUGAAUGAGACUGUAUCUAGUGUAACCAUUCAUAAUUUCACGUACAACACAGCUAAUGUGAAGUGUUUAAUGAACUUGGACAAGGAACAACUUUUGACUCACACAGAAGUUAAGUCUGGCUUUCGUCCAGACAGGCCAGAAAAUAUUUCCUGCAUUUAUUUCUAUAAGGAUAACCUUACCUGUACCUGGAAUGCAGGAAGAGAAACAAGUUUUACAACAAACUAUACUCUUUACCGAAAACUGAUGAAUUCUCCAAAUACAGUCAGCUCCUGCCAGAAUACAACAGAGUCAUGUUCAUUUUUUUAUCCAAAUACUCCGUAUGAUAGGGAUUUUUGUUUUCAGGUGGAAGCUAAAAAUGUUUUGGGUAGCUCUUCAUCAGACUGCAUUCAUAUACCUUUGAUAAAAAUAGAGAAAUUUGCUCCUCCUGAAAUACUUUCAGUUAAAAAAAUCCCUGGUAUAAAGCAGUUACUUACGGUAACCUGGAAAAUGCCUGAGAAGAUUUUCCCUUCAAAACAUUUAAUUUGCCAGGUUCAAUACAGAAACUUGUAUUCAAACUUUACAAAAUUUGUCAAUGUCUCACUGAAUCUAGAAAAUAAAACAGGGUCAUGUAAUCUCACAGGUCUGUGGGACUCCACAGACUAUUCUGUUGCCAUUCAGUGUGUCAAUAAUGGGUCAGCAUUUUGGAGUGGAUGGAGUGGAGAAAAAAAAGGAAGCACAGAAGAAAAAGCUCCUUCAGGAAAAGUGGAUUUGUGGAGAGUAAUUGAGCCUUCACACUCAUCUCAAAAUAGAUCUGUACAUCUUAUGUGGAAGCCAUUAAAAAGCUUUCCACCUUCUGGGAGAAUUCUAGGCUACAAAAUACAGUAUUUUCCAGAAAAAAAGACUGCUCUUAAAAGGACAAACAACUCUACUGAAAAGAAAAUCACUUUACUUUUAAAUGAAGAGGCACAUAUAGUAUCUGUCACUGCCUGUAACUCUGCUGGAGAGUCUCCUGAAGCCAUUUUGAGGAUUCCAUCCACUGAUGAAAAAACCUUUCAGGUGAUUGAAACAGUAACAACCUCUACAACAAAUGAAGAAGUGGUUGUGCAGUGGAAAACCUCUGAACCAGAACCAGCCAAAUAUGUGGUUGAGUGGUAUGAGGAAUCAGAGAUGGACCCUUUUGGUAGAUCAUGGCAAUAUGUAUCGAAUUCUACAAAGUGGAAAAAUAACAAAAAAAACUUUAAACCGUUUAUAUGCUAUAACAUCUCAGUGUAUCCUCUUUAUGGAAAUAAUGUAGCAGCUCCAUCUUACGCACAAUUCUAUGCUCAAGAAAAAAAGCCAUCAGAAGGACCUCUGGCUGAUACAGGCUUUGUGGGGAAAAAUGAAGUUACAAUAAAGUGGAAUGAGAUUCCAAAGGAUAAAAGAAACGGAUUUAUCACUAACUAUACGAUAUUCUAUAAACCCGAAGAUGGAAAAGAAUUGAAUGAAACAGUGAACUCUGAUGUUCUGCAAUACAGACUGAAGUCCUUACAGGCUAAUACAGAAUAUACUGUUAAUAUCAUGGCAAGCAACGGAGCUGGUGGAACCAUUGGAGAGCCAAAAACCUUCAAGACUUUGAAAUUGGAUAAAGAAGAUGUCUUUUUUAUUGCUAUACCAGUUGGGAUAAGCAUGUUUUGUCUGAUAGGCCUUUGGAUAACGUGCAUUUUGAAAAAACAUGCGCUUAAAAAGGUUUGCUGGCCUGAUAUACCAAAUCCUGAAGAGAGCCUUGCAGUGGAAUGGCCUCUUGCUUCAUCUAUGAAUAAUUCAUUUUUGAAGAGAGUGUCAUCUGAGACUAAAACUGUGGACUUCGAAGACAUAAAUGUUUUGGAAUACUGUUUUCCUGAAGAAAGUCAGGAAGGAUCACUACUAAUAAACUAUGAAAACCAUGUUUCUGAAUGUACUGAUACUAAUACAAAAGGCAUAACUAACAGAGAUGAAAAGAUACCGAAUAAUGAAGAAAAUGAACUUGCUAAAUGUUUUUCACCAUCUAUGACUUACAUAAUUACUGAUCAAUUUACCAGAAGCCAAAUGCAUUCAGCUUCAGUACCAGUGAAGGAAGUCCAACCCAUAGAGAUGCUGGCAAAUGAUUUGUGUGGAUCCCAACAGAAUCCAAUUAAAAAUGAAGAAAAUGAUAGUGAAGAAGUUUUAAAGCUGGAAGAUUUCAAUGAAGAAGCACUGUUCAAUCCAUACCUUAAAAAUUCUGUUAAAACAAGGGAAUUUCUUGUUUCUGAGAGCUUCCCAGAAAGCAGUAUGGAUGAAUGCAAAAGUCAGUCAAGUGUCUUACCUCCUUUUCAACCAAGUGUUCCAGGACAAUCCUACGUAACGUUGGACAUAUUCAGGGUGGCCAAAGCUCAGUAGCGUGAGAAAACUCCAUUGUAAAAUCCUGUGAGAGAUCCCUUGGCACUGCUGCUCAUUGGCAUUCAUAUGUUCUAACGUGGCUGAUAUCUGUUAAUUUGGAUGGGAACACCCUCUUCCUUCAAAUAGCUGUGAAGUAAUUUUUUUCACUGUGUGUGUACAUGUCAGAGUUCACUUUCAAUGUGGAUGUUUGGGUUUUUUGUUGGUUUGUUUUUUUUAUUUUGUUUUGGUUUUAUUUUUACCAGACAUGUUCAUAGUGAGGCAAAAGAAAUGGCUUUUGUUAUUUCUUCUUAGUUCUCCUGUAUCAGCCUGCUAAAACAAACUGGUAUUUGCUGCAGAAGCAUCCAGCAGUGCAAGUAGCUCGUCUAUUUCUCCCCACACAACCAGUUCCCAAGGCUCAGCUCUGCUGGGGAAACAUGGGCGGACUUGAACGGAGUUGGAAACUGCCGAAUCCCUCCUUCAGUUACACGAAACAGAACUACUUUCCUGUUAUUAUUUCCCUUGAUUGUUUUUUUGUCUGGUUUUAUAUAUCAUGUUCCUCUUGUUUUACAAGUAUUUUGUAGAUUUCAGUAGUUGUCUUUUUGUAUCCUGACUCUUGAAUUAAUAGUUAGGGUUAUAGUUUCCUGUCUUUAAUGACAGUAUAUUUGUUAUGUUAUCUGCAUUUUGGAAAAUGUGUUAUGCUGGUUAUGUUGCUUCCUUUCCUUUCUCAUGUUUUUAAUUGUCAUCAGCAUUUUGUGCUGCCUGCUUUUGUUUCUCCUGUUUGUUUCCUGCCUUUUAAAACUGCUUACUGAAGGAUAACUUCUUAUCUUCUUGUCCCUGUGCUUCUAAUUUGCUUCAGUUUAAAACUGUGUUUCCCAGUUGAGAUUUUGAUAUUUUGAGCUGAAAAAAAAAAAGCAACUAACUAUGUCAUCUUGUGCUGGAAUAAGCACUGAGUUAGGAAGUUAUUUUUCAGGGAGGUAAUGAAAAAACACUAAGUCUAUAAAAUCUUCCCAGAUAUUCUCUGGUAGUUGAUUUAGGAUUAAGUAUUUAUACAUGAAGGAUAUACCUUUUGUCAUUUGUUUUAUGAUUUUGUUAAGUCAUAAAUCUAAUUGCAGUUUCCAUUUUACAAAUCAGCAAUUAAGCAGUAAAGCAUUCGAUUAUACUAAUUUUUUAACAAGAAAGAGACCAUUGUAAAACUUACUGAAAUACUUAUUCUGUUAAAUAACAGGUUUAAAAAGAUGGAGAGUCUAAGUAAACUGUGUUAGAAGGGGGUGUUCAGUAUGACACGUAUUGGGGAUAUGGUAAUUUUAAGACAUUGAACUAUUUUUACAGUAUUUAGAGGCUUGAUGUCAUCAGUCUUGUUUGCACAAGACUGUAGUUUGCACAACUGCAGAUUUCUUCCAGGGUAAAAAAAGAUACAGGAGUUAUGGGGAUAGAAAAUGAGAGACAAAUGUGAAUAGGAAUAGAAAGCCUUUCUUUUCUGUGCAGGAAGAAAGUGGAUGAAUGGAAAAUAUAUUAUCUGGCAUGAAUGAGGAGGCUGAGCCUUUCCUUGGAUGCAUUGGCUAUUACUUGCAUUGUGUUGGGGAAAACAGUGUAAAGUUUUGCAUUUAGGAUCUUUUUCUAUAGUUUGGAAGCUGCUUUAACUUAGAACAAUGUUCCUCUAGUUGGAAAGAAAGAAUGGGAAAACAAUUUCUGCAAAUGUUCCUUAUCCAGCAACAAUGAUUUCCACCUCUUGUGUUUGUUGGAUCACUUUUGCAACCACAGUGCUCUAAGCCAAAGUGCAUGUAAGUAUGCUCUUAUAAGCCCUUGCUCACCUAGGUAAGUCAUACUCUGAAACUGGGACACAGCUUUGGUUAGGUCACUGCUUUUUUCCGCUGCUUCAGUUGGUUCUAGACUUCUCACGUACAGCUACAUUGUUGUUUCCCCAGGCUCAGAACUCACCGAUUCCAUCACAGCAUUUUCUCCCCUUAUAUCUCAGUAUUUGUUUUAAUAGCACAAUAUAUAAAAAUAAACAGAUGUAGAGAUAUUGUGGGCCUUUCUAGGAAUUUUUUAGCAGCCAUAUGAAAGCUGCAUAUUCUGAGUUGCACGUUUGAUACAGGUAAAAAGUGAAAAUAAUGCAACAUUUAGAAACCAUUAGAAAGGGGAGGUUCUUGCUUGGUGGUUAUCCUUUGGUAGGUUAUCCUUGUAACAACUCUUAGCUUCUGGAGGAUAAGCAUAUCCUUCUUUUUUAUCCCAUUUUAUUUCCUUCCCUAUUGAUACUCUGCUUUUCUCUCCUCAUUUUUCUGUUUCCCUUGCUCAUUAUUUUCUCUGAAAAAGCAAAAUGCAAGAAGUGGGCUCAAUACAUUCCAGAAAGUAAGGCUGCCUUUUGCACAUGCUUUGGAACGAAAGCUUCUUGCACUUGGUUUUUUUUGCAUUGGGAGUUGUACUCUUCCUUACCUUCUACAGUUUGUCUUUCAAACAAACACUGUGAACCAUUAAAAAAUUAAAACUGA